GCUGACAGGAUUACUACCUUCUGCUGGACUCAGAUUUCACUCUUUUAUGCAGCCUAUAGCAUAGAACCUCUUCUUUUCUUUGAUAUUCUGUUAGCAAUAUUCUUAUUCUUGGAGUUUACUAGAAAGGUAUUAGAGUCAGAUCUCCUGUAUAUGCAUGUAUAUCAGUUAGAGUAA